GCAGGAAUGCGCGAGCUCCUCCUGCUGCACGACGCUUCGGUUUUCGGUUUGUUCGGCAGUCGGCAUCGCGACGCCCAGGCGUCGGUCACGCGUCCGUCCACCUCUAGAUCCGUUCUCACGUUUGGAAAUUUUGUCAACCACGCGGCGCAAUCGGUCUUCAAUUCUAAGAGUGUAACCAUUGAAGAAGGACUUGUCUACCGAAACAGUUAAGAUAAAAGAACAACGUUUUACAAGGUGUUGGAUUCGAUUUCAAUUCUUCACCUGUUACUGAAACCUACGAAUUGGAUUUCGAUCUCAUGUGGCGAACGUCACGUACAAAUCAUGGGGGGUGACGAAACCCACCCCAUGUGGAUAAUCUUCACGCUGGUAUUGACCAGCGGUCCAAUAUUGGCUAUGUGCCCAUCAAGGUGUUCCUGCAACGAUGAUUCGUUGCAGGCAUCCUGCGUAAAUAUGAGUUUGGAAGUCGUUCCGAUCCAAUUAAAUCCGGAAGUAAAAUAUAUCAACCUCUCGUUCAACAAGAUCAACAAUAUACUCUUCACGCUAAGCAUUUAUAAUAACUUGGUAACGUUGGAUUUGUCUUCGAAUAAACUUCAAACGCUCGGAACAAACAAUUUUGAAUCGCAAAGGAAUUUGAAACAUUUAAAUCUAAGUCGGAAUGAGAUUGAUGAUGUUUUAAAAGAUUCGUUUCGUGGCUUAAGAGCUUUGAAAAUAUUAGAUAUGAGUCAUAAUCGAUUAGAACAGUUCACGGCGCAUGCGUUUCGUGAAUUACAGUCUUUAGAAGUAUUGUACUUGACUGGUAAUCAGAUAAUCGAGCUCGAAGAAGACUUAUUGGAACCGGCAAAAUUGCUACGAGAGCUUUAUAUGAACUCGAACCAGUUAUUGUCGGUCCCGGAAUCGGCUAUAAAACAUUGUUUAAAAUUAAAAGUUUUUUCAUUAUCUCAAAAUUUAAUAAAAUCGAUAGAAGAAGAAGACAUGCCAAGUUUACCGGAAUUAGAAUAUUUAGAAUUAAACAACAACGUUAUAGACGAGAUCCAUCAAGAUGCAUUUUCCGGUAUAGCAUCUUUGGAGUAUUUAGACUUAAGUGAUAAUAAUUUCACCGUCGUGCCCACCACAUCCUUGUCAAAAUUAACGAAAUUAACGAAACUUUAUUUAAGUGGAAAUUUCUUUACGAAUGUACCUCCCGUAGGUUUUCGUAGUUUAUUUCACCUGACAUAUUUAAAACUAGAUCGUUUAGAAAUGUUAGUCAAAAUUGACUCGAGAGCAUUCGUAGAUAACAUAAAGUUAGAAAAAGUUUGGAUGGAUAAUAACAUAGCCCUUACAACACUUCCAACGAGACUAUUCCAUGGCAACCCGAAAUUAACUUACGUCUCCGUUAAAAAUUGCCAAAUAUCCACGUUAGAAGCUUCCCACUUCCCGUUAGAUCAACUCAAAGUGUUCCAUUUAGGUGGAAACCCCUUACUGUGCAACUGCUCAAUUAUUUGGUUAUGGAAACUUGUACAUUUACAAAAAAAUAAACAGCUUAAUUUAACCGAAAAUUCCGAGUUUGUUAUUGACGUUGACAACAUCACUUGUAGUGGUCCCGAGCAACUUCAAGGAUUACUAUUGAUGAACGCCACAGAAUCGCAAGUUGGCUGUUCGGUUAGCUGGAUAAUUAUAGCAUUCGCCAGCGUCGGAAUGCUUUUAGUGCUUUCCGUAGCGGUAGGUUUUCUUUAUUGUGGACCAAUGAGGAAAAACUCAAAAAGCACAAACCAAAAUCAAAACGUUCCAACAACGCCAGAAGAAGCCCAUCAUUACGAAGAACCAAUUGCAGACAAAUAUAUUAUAGGACCGUCUUUAAUUAGAGAAUACAAAACAUUACCGAAUUGGGAACCGUAUGGAGAUGAUAGAAAUCCUUACGGAUCUUACAACACCCCCGUAAAGGCCAGACCACAUAUUGUAUACGUUUAGAUCACUACAAUUAUUUGUUAAACACCAAAAAUUUAUUUUAAUGAUUUAUUAAGGCCCAAUUUAAUUUUUAAUUUAAAUUCUUAAAUAAUCAUUAAAAUAAAUAUUGAACUUAAAACUCUCAAAGCUGAGUAAUAAAAACGUAGAAACGAUAAUAUUUAGCCGUUAUUCGUUGAAAUGCCAAAGUAACCGAAUCGAGAGGAAAUUGUUAAGUCACCAUUUUAAAAAUACGUGUAAAUAAAUAAGAAAAUAAAAAAGAAAACGUACGGUUUUAAGGUACUAGCUCGUUUGUGUAUUGUAAAGACUGAAUUAUUUUAAUAUGUAUUUUUCGAUAAGAAAAUAACUAUUUUCUAAAUUGUGUCAAAUCAGCUAAUAACGAAUAAUGAAUUUAUAUAUAAGGAAGCAAUAACGUGGCCGCUUGAAAACAGUAAAAAGUUAAAAAAAAGGAGAUUCAGAUUAUAUAUUAUACAUAUAUGUAACCAAAUUUUCAAUGUUUAGCUAAAAAUCAAUAUCUGUGCUUGUCUCUUCACGUAAACUCAACGAUUUAGUUAUUAGGUAUUAUACGAAAACGUUACCAAAAAAAAUAAUAAAUAAAAAAUUAAAAAACCAAAAUCUUACCAUCCGUAGUCAUUAAUUUUUUUAUUAAUCACAACUAUGACCAAUAAUUUACUUUUAGGAUUAAUUAAUUAAUUAAUAGUAAACCUUUAUGAAAGUUGGUGGUGUUACUAUUUUUAAACAGAUAGUUAAUAAAUUAACUUUUUAAAUUCUUUUUCAUCAUUUUAUUUGUUAUUUUGGCCAAUAAAAUGCUUAAAUGUCUCGUAAGAUUUACAUUAUAAAAAAAGUGUAUUUAAGGGUAUUUUUUAUUGAAAAAAAAAUGAAAUAAAUUAAUGCAUUAUUAUCAACCUCAUAAAUUGCUCAGGUACCUCAUACUUCGAAUGAACGAUUAAUUAAAUUAAAUUAAAAAAAAAUGUGGGGAAAAACCGUUAUUAGUACCUAGAGAAGAAAAAAAUAACUUUGAGGGAUUAACAUUAAUUAUUAUUAUGAUUCAUUUAUCACUUAAUUAAUUAUCCACCCGUUUCCGUCUGCAAUAUCGAAUUUAUUUUAAUCGUUAUUAGUAUCACACAACAUAAUGAUAAGUUUUUUUUUUUAUUUUUAUUUUCUACAUAGACUGACCGUAGUAUAUGAUAAAUCAAAAUGCUGUUGAUAAAUAAAAAAAUAUGUGUCCGUAAUUUGUUCUUAUAUAUAUUUACAAUGUCAUUUAUGCAUAAACAUAUGUUUGUUAAGAAAUAUAUUAUAUUACAAAUCAA